GCAGUCGGAAGUCUCACCAUCGCCAUGGAGCCCGAUGGGACGUACGAGCCCGGCUUUGUAGGGAUUCGCUUCUGUCAGGAGUGUAACAACAUGCUCUACCCCAAAGAAGACAAGGAGAACCGUAUCCUUCUCUACGCGUGUCGAAACUGUGACUACCAACAGGAAGCGGACAACAGUUGCAUCUACGUAAAUAAGAUCACCCACGAAGUAGAUGAGCUAACCCAGAUCAUCGCAGACGUGUCACAGGAUCCUACCCUGCCCAGGACGGAGGACCACCCGUGCCAGAAGUGUGGCCACAAGGAGGCAGUGUUUUUCCAGUCCCACAGUGCUCGGGCUGAGGAUGCUAUGAGGCUCUACUAUGUGUGCACAGCUCCCCACUGUGGCCAUCGAUGGACAGAGUAACCCAAACCCCUCUCCAACACAGGAUUUCUUGAUAAAGGAAUUUAUUUUUGUC